CUCAAUUACCAAUCAAAACUUUGUUACUUGCAUUAAGCGACGUUUACCUGGUGUUUGUAUCUUUAGUACAAAAUCAACAACUCAGUCAGGUCUCAGGUAUCUGGCAGACAAGCCCAACACUCUGCACAGAAGGGGACAGAAUUAACGGCAUGGUUUGGGGACUCUUUCAUCACCUGCCGCAUUUCAUGGAGUCGGACUGCAAAAGUUUCCAGCCAUGGAGAGACUACAUAGGACUGUCGGACACGAUCAGAGAGAUCCUGGGUCGGAACACCGUCACCAAGGGCCCGCUGCCAGUCUCCAGAGCUCCGCACUCAGAGUCCAGUGAGCUGUGCCGGGCACUGGUGUCUGUGCGCAUUAACGCAGUUGGCCGAAAUGGCGACUUCGGCGCAGACUGUGCGCCAGAAUUUCCAGGUGAAUCUGCACUGCCAGGGCCUUUGGCUCCUCAGCGUCCGCCAGGUGUACUGAGGUCCGCUUCAGACUCAUUCCCUGCUGAUACAAAAAUGGAUCUGAAGCUUGUACCAAGGCGGGCGGGCACCCUGGGGCCAAAAGAGCGCAAGAAGGUCACCCGUUUUAAAAUCCCAGAUCCUCCAGGGUUACCGCCAUUACCUGAGCGCAUGUUUUGUAGUUUCUGCAAGCAUAACGGAGAGUCCGAGUUGGUUUACGGAUCCCACUGGCUGAAGAAUCAGGCCGGAGAUGUUCUGUGUCCCUAUCUGCGGCAAUAUGUGUGUCCUUUGUGCGGAGCCACGGGGGACAAAGCCCACACCAAGCGCUUCUGUCCAAAAGUGGACAGUGCGUACAGCUCCGUUUACGCCAAAUCCAGACGCUGAACCUUCAGGUGGCAGGUAGAAAAUAUGCACGGAAAGCUGACUCCUCCAUUAACGAGCCUGAUUUGUGUUUAUUAGCACGCGUGUUUCUUGCUGUGGUUUGGUUUGUGUUUUGGUUUGCUUUCCACUUGCAUGCAUUGGCACGUUUGCUGUGUAUCCUUCCACUGUGCUGAAUGGAGUUAUUUUCCAGCUGCUCUUUUUUUUGUCGGCCUAACAUCCUUUUUAAAAGCGUCCGUGUCUUGGAUUUUGAAAAGGACCACUGCCAGAUAUUAUGAUUGGGAGGAGGAAAAAAAUUCUCAUUGGAAAAUCUGUUUGUUUCACAUUUUUAAAACGUGGCCGUCUCACGUCCAGUUCCACAUCUCGUGUCCAUGCAUUAAAGUGAAUACUGUCAAAUCUUUAUAAAGACAUACAGUCAGCCAUCGGUAAUAAUUUUACUACAGCGUGUAAACAACAUGCGACCAUGUCAGCAUUUUAAAAUUUUAAAAACAUGAGUGACUUGUUCUGAGGUGUGAAUAACUGUUCUUGUUUUUAUUUUGAAUAUUGUACAUGUGGCGCUAGUGAAAUGCCAUUUCAGCUUUUCGGACUUUGUGGAAAAAAUAGUGUGAAAUUUUCUGUGUGGAUAUUCUUAUAUGCCAGUUAUACAAGUAUAUAUAAGUUAUGUAUAAACAACAUGUGUGUA